ACCAAAUUCAAAGGCAAGAAGAUUUGAUACUAAAAAUAUAUGUUUCUCUUCUUCAAGAAGUAAAGGUCAUUAAAAAAACGGAGUUUGAGUACCAAAGGAGUUUCCUUUGCUUAACUGUUACAUUCUCCAGGAAAUAAAGGGGGUACCUUUGCUUCUCUGGGGCACGAAAGAAGAUUGUUUUUGCUUGUUCAAAGAUGCGAUUAUUUAGUUGCCUCUGUUGUGGAAAAGGGUUUGAUCGGAAAAAGAAUGUGAAGACUGAGCAGCCAUUAUGGAGGGAGUUUACAUUAAAAGAACUUCACGCAGCCACAAACAGUUUUAAUUAUGACAACAAACUCGGUGAAGGUCGGUUUGGUAGUGUCUAUUGGGGUCAGCUACCUGAUGGAUCUCAAAUUGCUGUCAAGAGGUUGAAGGCUAGCAGAGAAGAGAUAAGUUUUGCUGUAGAAGUCAACAUUCUAGGCGGUACUCGCCACAAGAAUCUACUGACUGCACGAGGCUACUGUGCAGAAGGACAAGAACGGCUCAUUGUAUAUGAGUACAUACCAAAUUCGAGCUUGGUCUCGCAUCUUCAUUCAUCUGAGCCGCUUCUUGAUUGGACCAGGCGGAUGAAAAUUGCAGUAACCUCUGCUCAGGCUAUAGCCUACUUACACCAUCAUGCAACACCUCGAAUAGUCCACGGAGAUGUGAGAGCAAGCAAUGUGCUGCUAGAUUCUGAGUUCGAAGCUCGUGUUACUGAUUUUGGAUAUGGUAAGCUGAUGCCAGAGGAAGAUGGAGCUUCUAAAGCUAACAACACUAGUGGUUAUCUCUCACCGGAGUGUGUUGAAUCCGGUGGAGGAUCAUCUAUGGGAGAUGUUUAUAGUUUUGGUGUUCUUUUGCUGGAACUGGUUACUGGUACGAGACCUAUAGAGAGGCUAAACCAGACGAUCAAACGGGGUAUUACCGAAUGGGUUUUACUUCUGGUGUACGAGAAGAAGUAUGGUGAAAUUGUGGAUCAGAGGCUGAAUGGGAAGUAUGUUGAUAAGGAGCUGAAAAAGGUAGUUUUGGUAGGGCUAAUGUGUGCUCAGAGUGAGCCAGAGAAGAGACCAACGAUGUCUGAGGUUGUGGAGAUGCUUAUGAAUGAAUCUAAGGAGAAAAUGGCUUAUCUUGAAGGUAUUCCACUCUUCAACAAAAACAAUGGAGGUUGAGGAUAUAGAUGAAAGCUCAGAGAUUCUUUCAUAAGAGAAAGAUCAUCAGAAAAAAAAAGAACAAGGAUAGAUUAAUUAUAUGUUAUUUGAUUCACACAAAAAAAAAUUCUAAGAAUUUGGUUUUGGUUUUCUUCAGUUUCAACAUUUGAUUUUAAUCGUUCAUGAUUUGAUAGUUGAGAGUUUGUAAAGGAGUGUAAUGGAGUACAUACUUGGUCUUUAUGAGAAAACAUCAUAAAGAUUUGUUUACUGUGAC